CAAAAAUCGGACAUGCAGCGCAUGCACGAAGAAGCAAGACAACGAUGAGCAACCCACAGCAGCUGGACUUUGACUUCUACACUGCACAAUGGCAGAAGGUGGCAAACGAAACGCAAGAGGAGCUGCUGACAAAGAAAAGUGCAGUCAAGGAACUGCAGGCACUGGAGGAGACGCUCGAGGACUUGCCCACGCAUCUCACUGUCGAUGCAAUGGUGCCAUUUGGCAAGGCCGCCUUCUUUCCUGGAAGACUGGUGCACACCAAUGAGAUUACCGUGUUGCUGGGCGACAACCAAUAUGCGGAGAUGCCGGCCGCGCGUGCAAAAGACAUUGCAUCUCGGCGCCGCAAACACAUUGAAGAGGAUGUGGCCGUCCUACAGCGCACGCUGCACAACUUGGCUCUGCGAAAGGACAUUUCUCAAGACAUUGCCAAAGACACGGAAAUGGCAAAGAUGUUUGGCGAAGAAAUGGUGUUUGACAAGGAGCCGCCGCUACCAGAUGAGGGAGGCACGGAAGUGCACGGGCGUGACACCAGCGAAGGCGACAAGCGACAACCCAACCUCAGUGGUGGAGAUGUCCCGUACGAGGACGAUGAUGAUGAUGAUGAUGAUGAUGAUGAUGAUGAUGAUGAUGAUGAUGAUGAUGAUGAUGAUGAUGAUGAUGAUGAUGAUGAUGACGUUGGAGACCUGAGACCGCAGAGCCUGGACGCAUUUUGGCAAGGACUUCUUGGUCGUGCACACGAAGAAGAAGAAGAAGAAGAAGAAGAAGAAGAAGAAGAAGAAGAAGAAGAAGAAGAAGAAGAAGAAGAAGAAGAAGAAGAAGAAGAAGAAGAAGAAGAAGAAGAAGAACGACGACAACAACAACAACAACAACAACAACAACAACAACAACAACAACAACAACAACAACAACAACAACAACAACAACCGCGCAAUACGCUGUCCAUUCGGUUUCGCCACAGCAAUGCAGCCAACAAACCCGCUGCACACACCCGCACCCCAAGCACGCCGGCAGACAUUGCGGUGCCUAAUGAGGAGGACACGCACGUGCACCCGGUCAGUGACAACCACCCAGAUCUGGCGUGGACACAGGAAGGCAGUGGAGUGAGCGAGACGACAGCAACGCCGGGACAUGUAGAGGCCAAGAAGGGAAAGAAGAAGCAGGGGAGGCAGGAGAAGAAGAAGAAGAACCGCGUUCGAUUUGCACCAAGCGUCGAUGAAAAGGAGUUUGAGACGAUGGACACACCAGACUCAAUUGCUGGACGGCAAGAAACACGCGAAGCCCUUCGCGAGCAGCAGCCUCCUCAACAACGCGCGGCGGUGUCCAAUGGAGAAGUGGUUGAGCGGCAGCUGGCUCAAACCAUGGCUGCCCACCGCGACCGCACACCACCACAACCCUCUUCUUCUUCUGCACACGGCUACCACCACCACAUUCAUCACCCCCACCUGCAUGUUGAAGCUGCGCCGCCGCUCGCCCACAGCCACCCGCUGCCCUCGCGCUCAAAGCCAUCUCUCUUCCUGCAGCGCAUGCAACAACGCCAGCAGAAACCCUCAUAAUUCCACAGUGUGUGUGUGUGUGUGUCUGUGUCUGUCUGUCUGUCUGUGUGCGUGUCUGUGUGUGUGUGUGUGGGUGUGUGGUUGUUUGUGUGUCUCUCUGUGUUUCUGUCUCUCUGUUUCGCUGUGUACAUGUGUGCACGUGUUCACCGAGACGUUGUGAUAAUUGAGAACGAAAUCAAGCAGUGAAACAGCAAACGGC